ACUCAACAAACACCAGCUUCCCUCUUUAAUUGCGCCUCCCUAAUUAUGUUCCUUAACUACCUUCCCCUUCUUUUACAUUGUUCAUCUCCUCCAGCCUUUUACUUUAUAUGCUAUAUAUACAUAUAUAACAAGCUAAGCUACAUAGUCUACGUUAUAUAUUUGCUACAUCACUGUCUCUUCCUCUCUGGGAAUAUAUAUAUAAUAUAUACAUAUAUAAUGUCUAACAGCAACAGUCGGGUUACAGUUCUUUCUAAACUAACGACAGUAUCCAGUAGACCAGUCGGGCCGGAUCAUACCCACUCGUUUACUGCACUGGACCAUGCCAUGGGCCUUCACAGUCUCCAUAUUAUCUUCUACUUCAAGGACAACAUAUUGAACGAUUUUGAUUUGGACCAUUCCAGGGUUUCUCUCUCCGAGACUCUUUCACUGUACCCGCAGGUUACGGGCCGGUUGACCCGAGAUGAGAAUGGCAACUGGGCAGUCAAGUGCAACGACGCCGGUGUUCGGGUCGUUAAGGCCCUGGUUGGAACCACUCUCGAUGAGUGGUUGAGCUCGGCUGAUAUGUUGGAAGAGAAGGAUCUAACCGUCUGGGAUGAUAUGCCUGAUGAUCCAAGUACAUGGUCACCAUUUCGGGUCCAGGUAAGUGAAUUCGAAGGAGGAGGAUUAGCAAUUGGGCUGAGCUGCACUCACAUGCAUGCAGACCCAACUUCAGCAACCAUACUCCUCAAUUCAUGGACCCAGGUUCACCGUCGGCAGCCCAUAACCCACCCGCCUUUCUACUCGCCGCCGAAACUCCAUCUACGACCGGUUACGAACCUCCAGACACAAUCCGCAACCUUCUACGAAACCAAGUCCAAACAGCCUAUGCAAUGUACCGUACAAAUGGCUUCGGCGACCUUCAGGUUCUCUCACGCAACUAUCAAACAAUUGCUUCUGGAAAUCCACGAGAAAUGCCCAGAUGCAACCCCUUUCGAUGUCCUCGCUGCGCUCUUCUGGUCACGCGUCGCUAGAUUAAAGGCCGGCAAGAAUAACGACCAGAGACGCUCUCUAACGGUCUGCGUGGACUUCCGGAAGCUUCUCCGGCCACCGCUGCCAGUUGGGUACUACGGCAACGCACUGCAUUUCUCACAGCUGUCGUUGGGUUCGGAAGAAAUGGAGGGCUGUGGGCUAGGACACGUGGCGGAAAGGUUGCACCACCACAUGUCGAGAAUAGAGGAGGAGGAAGAGAUUUUGUCUGCGAUGGAGUGGUUGGAAUCGCGCAAGGAUGAGGAAACAGGGAAGUUGGCUGCGCCGUUCAGGAUGUACGGCCCUGAAUUAACCUGUGUUAAUAUGGAGCACAUGAUCGUUAAAAGCGGGCCCACUGGGAAUGAAUAUACGGCGAUGUUUGAUGAAGAUGCUGGGCCAGUCCACGUGUCGUAUAACGUGGGGAACGUGGAAGGUGAAGGUUUGAUCAUGGUGAUGCCCGGUCCAGAAGAAGGGCUUGGGAGGACAGUGACGGUGACUUUGCCAAGCAAGCAGUUGGGUGAGUUAUGUGAGGAUGAAGCUGUACUGGGCUUGCACCCAAAAUUGCUUCUAAGUGGGAGACAUUAGUACAGCCGGUUUUUGUUUUUGGUUAUGAGAGUCCAGCAAAUAUUAGGAGUUUUAUGAUUGCAAAAUUAUAAGACCCCUGUAAAAGGUCAAAAGUGGGUGGAACAUUUAAUGAAGUAGAGGGUAGGGCCCGGGGGGCCAAAUGAUGGUAAUUUCUAGCUCUUACAAUCCAUAUAUGUACAUGUGUUUGCCAGUGCGAGUUUAGUCAAUCAACGUGUUGAUUGCUGUUGUUAAUAUUCAUCAGUUUAUUUGUCAAAA